GUGACCAGAUCCUUCUCAAUCUGCUCAGUCUAGCGGCUCUGCGCACGCGCCCGGGCGUGCGGCUUUGCGCACAGCUGCUCUGUGGAGCAGCUGGCGGCGAGCCCGCAGCCAUGGUGCAUGUGGAUGUGUGGUCGUUGACCCUGGCGUCCCUGCAGUCCGUAGGGACCAUCGCAGUGAUGGCGCUCGCGGGCUUUUGGAUGACCCGCCUCGGCAUUAUCACCAACGAGGUGAGAAAGGGCCUGGGCGAGCUAUCGAUGAAUUUGUUGCUUCCUUGUUUGAUGUUCUCUCAGGUGAUCUACUGCAAUACCAUUACAACUCAUGGCAGUCCCUGUCCCAACAUGGCCCAGGUGAUUUUGUCCUCAGUGGAUCUCUUCUUUUGGCCUAUUGUGGUGGUGGGCUCUGGAUACAUUUUGGGUUACCUCGCCGCGGCCCUGAUGAGGGUGCCGCCGAGCUUUCGCCGUGCGGCGGCCGGGUCGGUGGCCUUCGGCAACAGUACCGGCAUGCCCGUGGUGUUGCUGAGCACUUUGGCGCCCAGCUUGAUCGAGCAGAAGGUGAUCGCAGGAGAUCCGCUCCUCUUCUUACCGGUCUACUUGGUUUUAUCCCCACUGCUCCAAUGGACGGUGGGAUCCUACAUUUUCCGCGGCACACCUGAGGACAAAGGCACCGGCGAGGCCGCCGUGGAAGCGGCCGACGAGGGGGAGGAGUCGCUGUUGAGCUCGGAAGAGGAGUCCAGCUCGAUUCCGGUGGUGCAUGCUCGGACGGCACAUGGAGCUUUAAUGUCCAGGGUGGAGGGCGACGAGGAGGACCUCUCUGAGGAGCAAGGCCCGUCGAUCACCCGACGCCAGACCAUCGGCGUGCCCAUGGCCAAGCAGGUGGGCAAUGGCUUCUCCGCGCAAGCAGAAGUGGAGGAUGUGCUGGCUGUUGAAGACUUGCGGAUGCCGAGAAGGAAAAGCUGUGCAAUGGCUUUGAAGAAGGCGCUCUUCAUGUUUUUGUCGCCUCCAGUGGCCGCCACCAUCCUUGGGAUCUUUGUGGCCUUUAUUCGACCCAUCCAGAACCAGUUCGUGGAUUUGAAAGACCCUGACAUGCGCGGCACACAUAGCCUCACAUGGCUCUACAAAUCCAUCUAUGUCCUGGGGAAGUCAGCGGUUCCGGUCAACUUGCUGAUGCUGGGCUCCAAUCUGUCAAGAGGCGCGGAAUUCAGCACUUUGCCCAUGUGCACCGCGGUGGUGCUCACCAUCACCAAGAUGUUGAUCCAACCCGCUUUGGUGGCCUUCUGGGUCUUCUGCCUGGCACGAAUGGAGCUGGGCCCCAACGUCAAGGGCAAGUGGCUGGUGGCCAUCGUGGUGUCCUUAACACCCACCGCCAACAACAUCAUGGUCCAGGUGGAGCUGGGCGGCCAGGACAAGAAAGCCAUGACUGCGCUGAUCUUCACGCAAUAUUUGAUGGCGCCUGUCUUGUUGACCAUCUCCCUCACCGCGACCUCCAUGCUCAUGCAGGUUCCAAGCUUCCUCGUGGAUAAGGAGUCGUUCGACAUGAAUGAGGCUUUUCAUUUCUGAUUGCACGUACAGUGCCGGCCGAACAACGGCGUGGUCUGGCCACAGCGCUGCUGCUGUCGCUACUCCACGCGGGUGCACUGCCCAGCGACGCUGUGCGAUGCUGGCAGAGAAGAGAUGGGGAUCUGCACUCCCUGAAAUCAUGGUGGAAGUGGAUGGCAUGUCCCUAGAGAGGUGCAUGUCUCCAUGAAAUCCGAAGACCAAAUCAGGUGGUUUGAACUCCACGUAGG